AUGGACGAAGAAUCCACAUUCGGUAGGGAUGAGAAUGAUACUGAUAAGGUGACUAAGACUGAUCACGAUAAUUUGAACGAAGAUGAUGACAGCAACGACAAUGAUUCCGUCUCGUCAUAUGAUAUCUUACCUCCGGAUGAUUUUCAUAAUAAUGAACAUGUCGCAAAUAGUGAAAACGAAGAUGUGGAUGUUGACAAUGUGCAACAUAGUUGGCAAGAAUCAUUUGCAGAUAACUUGAGCCAGGAGGAGUCAGAUGGUCCUAGCGGUGAUCACGAUGAGGGAGAGAUCGAUAUUGAGGAGGCUCAAAGGCAGCAGAAGAUGCUUGAGACACAUUGGAAGGUCAUGGCUAUGACCUUUCGGUCGCAAGGGGAUGCAUACAUAUUCUACAACAAUCACGCGAAAGAGCACGGGUUUAGCAUCAGGAAACAGAAGGUGAACCGAGGUGCUUCAGGAAUGAUACGGUACCGGCGGUUUCUUUGCUCCAGGGCAGGGAGAAGGCAGAGCAAGUUCAUAACCAUGGAGGGCCGCAAGCACAGGCUUAGACCGAAGACUCGUUGCGACUGCGGUGCACAUAUGGUGGUGAAGCUGGACAGAGAACGUGGCGUUUGGUUCGUCGCAUCAUUCGUGGAUGAUCACAACCACGCGAAGGCUCGUCCCGACGAGAGAAAAAAGAAGCUCAUUGCAAAGGGUGAUGCAAAGACGACAGUUGGCAUUAUGAGGAGCGGGAAGGAGAACGACCCUGAGUUUUUCUUAGUAUGUGCUUGA